GAUCAGGGAAAGAUUGGUUUUCCCUCCAGUCCGCAUUCUUGAGCGGCGCAGUUCUAGUAGUAUGUCUGCUGCGGUUGUGCACGUAUAACUUGAGCGUCAUGGAGCUCACUAGGGAGGUCAUCGUAACACGUUGUGUUUGUUUGAGGCUUGAGAGCGGUCUUCCGACAGCAUGGCAUGCUCUCCAGUCAACCAGCAAGCACUUGUGCCGGUGUGUCGAGGUACGCCGCUUUCCACUAGGUCGGCAGAUCCGUUCGUCACCUCGCCUCAGCCAUGGUCUUCAGCCUGGCAGGCGCCGUCUCUCCAAGAUUUUUAUGGCACCGCCGACCGACGAGACUCGUUUCCCUGCUAUGAGGCACCUCCCAACACUUCUGCACCACCGGGUGUCGACCGCGUCGACAGUUCUGUCUUCCCCGACCUUGUCGAGCCCAAUCAGUACAGAGAUGGGAUUCUCGACCCAGCGUUAGUCGAGUUCCUCCAACUUGAUGUUGGCGAACAAUAUAUCAUCGAGCGACGUCUGCAACGGCAACCCUGGAAGGCACUUACAGCUGGCUUCCAGCAGCGCUUCGGCGUUUCGGCAUCCUCGAAGCAGUCUGCUCUAAUGAUGAGGCUAAGCCGAUUGAAGAAGGAGCACCCUCAAAUUCGCUCAUUGUUCGAGAAAGCGUCUCUAAAGGGACGUUCCAGGAGGCCAAAAGAGCAGGGCUAUCGUCGAGAGACGCCGUCGCAAGAUAGGGAUGUAGCAGUAGAAGAGACGAUAGGGGUAGGACACGGGGAUGGUUCGCAACAUAGGGGAGGUGGGAGACGUGGGAAACCCCCUAACAGACCACAGAAGUCGUUCUAUAAGGGCAGGGGAAACCGCAUAACACAGAGCGAAGCCGCUGCGGCUGCAGACAUGGUACUCAUCUUUGUCAGUCAGCCAGAAGUGCGAGAAUGGAUGGCCGACGCGGAGUAUAAGUCGCUCGUCAGGGUCAGGAGCCGUCUACGGGAGCAGGCAGAUAUACGGUAA